AUUUUGAAACAAGUUGAAGUUGGUCAAUUUAUACAAGAUUUAAAAAUGAAUGUUUUGCAAGAAUUCAUUUUAUUAUUUCAAACACUUCACCUUCUUAAUAUAAUGAGUAUAAAAGAAUUUCUUUCUAUAUUAAAAGAAAAUAUUAUUUAUGAAGAUUUGAAAGAUAAUAAAAUUAUUAUAGAACUUGUUGAUAUUUUUAAAAAGUCAAAAAAAAAUAUUAAAGAUGUUGAAGAAUUAGAUGACAGUAUUGAACCAGUUAUUAUUGAAAUUAGUAUAACAUUAAAAA